AUGGCGUACAAGAGAAUCGGCGUAGUUGGAUCGACUGGACGGUUGGGUCGUGAAGUUACCAGGGCUCUGGUCGAUGAGGGCUUCGAUGUGGUCCCAUUCUCGAGGCAAGACACUACGGUGGCUGGUAUUCGAACGCAAACCAUAACGUCUUUCGUCGGAUUCGAUGUGAUCAUUUCCACAGUCGGGCACGCAGCCAUCCCAGACCAGAUCCAUCUGAUCGACCAGGCAAAACGAGAAGGCGUGAAGUGCUUCGUUCCUGCAGAAUUCGGCAUGGACCAUCGCUUUUCGAAUGAGAAGCUAUCGGAUCCGAAGCGCAGGGUUGCGGAAGCCCUUCAGCGUGCGGAGUUCCCUGACGGCUGGACGUCAAUUGCAGCCGGUUUCUUCGACGCAGUCUUACCUGCUCUCGUCUCCAUCGACAAGACGAACGCCACCAUUACCCUCCGUGGGACCGGCAAGAAGCAGUAUCCUUUCGUAAGGCGAUAUGAUCUCGGACGAGCGUUGGCCGAGACAUUUCGAGAACCACAGAAGUACAAGGACCAGUGGCUUCUCGUUGCCGGCGAUUGGAAAUCUCUCCACGAGAUUGCUUCGUUGGUGCAAGCGAGAUCGUCGACGCCAUUAGAGGUUCACCGUUUGCCGACAGAGCCUAGAACGAUGUUCUUGCAUAUUUUCGAAACGGAGGGUGGGAAUGUCUUUGAGCGGGAGAAUCAGAGUAGUUUCCCGUUCGAGUUGGCAAAGGUGGAGGAUUUUGUUGGAGAGAGCUUGGAGAUCCCUUAG